UGGUACACACACACACACUAUGGUUAGAGACUGGACAUGUGUAUAUAUGUGUGUGUGUGUAAGUAGUACUCUGAUUAAGUGUGGGGAGUUGGAGAGGCAGAUCGGGGUGGCAAACAAGAAGCUGAUCCAGAGUACAGACAUCAACUUCCUGUCUCCUCUACGGAGGUUUACUGACCAGGAAUACACAGUCAUACAGGUACACACACCACAUCACAACACACACACACUAUUAUAACACAAAUACACUCUGACAACUGCGUGUGUGUGUGUGUAGAAUGAGCGCAGGCAGCUAGUGGGAAUAAGCGGCUAGAUCUGGACAUUGCGAAGGCCAGACUGAGAAAGGCACAGGAAGCAGACAGCGAGGCCCGGGGUCUAAAUGCUAACCCAUUAGGAGAGGAGUAUGUAGCUCAUGUCUCCUACAUGUUCAGCUUCCUACGAGUCAGAUGGCUGAAGAUGUGGGCCCAGGAAGUCUCUCAGGCAGAGAUGGAGCUGAGUAUCUCUCAGUGUGUGUUUGACCGACAGUCAGAGAUCACCAGACUACUGCUGGAGGGAAUCAACACUACACAUGCUGCCCAUUUGAGAAGCCUGUCUGACUUUGUAGAAGCCCAGGGUAGCUACUACGCUCAGUGUUACCAGCUCACACAGGACCUACACACCCAACUGGCCUGCUCUCCCCCUCUGAUCUGCUACAAUAACAACUGGCACUUAGAAACUAACCAACCCUCCACAGGUAACCUGCCCGUAGCAACCAUUCAGCCCCUAGCAACCUGUGACUCUUCAACAACCAUCCAGGCAACUAGCCAACCUGUAGCAGCCAACCAGGCAACUAGCCAACCCCUAUCAAGCAACCAGGCAAACAGCCAACCCUUAGCAACCAGGCAAACAGCCAACCCUUAGCAACCAACCAGGCAGCCAAUGAGUCCUCAAAAACCAAGAAUUCCUCGACAAACAACCAGACAAGCAGCCAAAUCUUAGCAACCACUGGAUCCUCUACAACCAACUAGUUUAGAUUAGUUUAUUGACAAAAAUCACAUAUCAAGGUCAGACUUAUUUCAUUUUGAUUUGCUAGGCCUCGACAAUCAUCCAGGAAACCAGCCAACCCCUAGAAAUCAACCAGGCAACCAGCCAACCUCUACAAACCAACCAGGCAACCAGCCAAUCCCUACAAACCAUCCAGGCAACCAAUGAGUCCCCAACAACCAAUGUGUCCUCAUCAACCAACCAGGCAACAAACCAACCCUUAGCAACUAACCAGCCAUUGACAACCAACCAGGCAACCAGUCAAUCCCUAGCAACCAACCAGGCACCCAGUCAAUCCUUAGCAAACAUUGAGUCCUCACCAAUCAACGAGUCCCCGACAAACAACCAAGCAACCAGCCAAGCCUUGACAACCAACCAGCCAACCAUUAGCAACCAAUGAGUCCUCAACCACCAACCAGGUAACUAACCAACCCUUACAAACCAACCAGGCCAGCAAUGACUUCCCAAUAACCAAUGAGUCCUCAACAACCAACCAGGCAACCAGCCAACCCUUAAUGACUCACCAGUCCUCGACAACUAACCAGGCAAUCAACCAAUCCUUAGCAACUAACCAGGUCCCCAGCCAACCAUUUACAACCAGCUGGGAAUCUUUCAAACCCUUAGCAACCAAUGACUCAUCAACAACCAACGAGUUCUCAAUAACCAACCAGACAACUAGCCCAACCCUUAGCCACCAACAGAGCAACCAACCAGACAACCAAUGUGUUCUCAACAACUAAUGAGUCCUCGACCACCAACCAGGUAACUAACCAGCCCUCGACAACCAAUCAGGUAACCAACCAAUCUCUAGCAACCUACCGGACAAACAACCAACCCUUAGCAACCAAUGAGUCGUCAACAAACAACGAGAACUUGACAAACAACCAGCCAACCCUUGACAUCCAACCAGGCAACCCCUACAAAUCAACCAGGCAACCAAUGAGUCCCGAACAACCAAUGUAUCCUCAUCAACCAACCAGGCAACAAACCAACCCUUAGCAACUAACCAGCCCUUGACAACCAACCAGGCAACCAGUCAAUCCCUAGCAACCAACCAGGCACCCAGCCAAUACUUAGCAACCGCUGAGUCCUCACGAAUCAACAAGUCCUCGAGAAACAACCAAGCAACCAGCCAACUCUUGACAAUCAACCAGGCAACUAGCCAACCGUUAGCUACCAAUGAGUCCUCAACCACGUAACUAACCAAGCCAGCAAUGACUUCCCAAUAACCAACGAGUCCACAACAACCAAUCAGGUCCAAUCUCUAGCAACCAAUGAGUCGUCAACAAACAAUGAGAACUCAACCACAAACCCGGUAACCAACCAACCCUUAUAAACCAACCAGGCAACAGACAGCCCUUGAUAAGCCACCAGGAAACCAUCAAACCCUUAGCAGCCAAUGAUUUCUCAGCAAUCAACGAGUCCUCGACAACCAAGGAGAACGUGACAAACAACCAACUCUCAACAACCAACCAGCCCUUAGAAACCAGCCAGAGAACCAGUCAGCCUGCAGGUGGUCCUGUAGCUGACUGAACAAUCUGACUGUGGAACUGUCUGUAUGAAAAGCGUGCGUUUAUAUUGUGGGUUUGAGUUGUGAACAGCUCCUCUCUGCCAAAACAUCAGCUACCAUGGCUAGGUCCUAAAUGAAGGCUCUGACCUAAAAUAGUGCACUAGGGAAAAUAGGGUGUCACUUCGGAUUGGUCCAAUGUCUCAGUCGUAGUGGUGAAGGGCAACACAGCUAUAGGGGCCGUCUAUAAACCGUAGCAGGCUUGUAUUGACCAUUCACCAGUGUUGUUGUUGGACCCAGCAGGACACACACAUACGGGCUAAUCCAGGAAGAGUAAGAGGACAUGCUACUAUGGAGUCAUCAGUGGUAGGGAAGUCUUAGAUGUUGAUAUCUACUGUCCUGUCAUAACCUGUGUGUCUAUCGGAGCAUCCAUGUACUCUUUAAGGGAGUUACGUAUUGUCGUGGCAGAAUCAGAAUUAUUUAGGUAACAUUUAUAAAUAAAAUGUUUUAUUUAUUUUAUUUCAUGCUUAUGUGAGAUAUGUCAUUAGAAUGUCUAUUUUUGGAUAAUACUGGUUGCAGUUCUCUGUUCUCUGUCAGGGUUCAGUUACUUGGGCCGCAGAGAGGGGAGAGGUCAAGCUUGUCUUCAUAUCUUUUAAACCAUGUGAAGGGGUGAUUGAGGGGGAACCAAUUAUCUCUUGGCUCCACAAUGUCUGUGUGCCAGUCACUGUGUCUCCGUGAGCUUGUCCGGAAUGGGAGUGUCUAAAAUGACAAUUGCUAUAUAUCCUAAUGUCUUGGUACUAUGUUGUACCAAGAACGAGAAGUAGAACCUCGUUUUAGGAGAGCAAACUGAACGAUAAUUUAUAGCUAAUGCUGUCUGGCUAUGGGAUACUCCUCUCUCAUGUAAAGUCUUCCUGUGUAAUGUCCCUAAGAUCUGUUAUUCAUCAUGUGAGUUGAGAUGGGUGUGUCUUGGCUAUAAAUGAUACUAAGAACUGUUUUGUAAGCACUCUCAGAGAAUUCAUUUAUAUACACUGAAUUGAUCUGAGAGUCACAGGGUUGUGAUGGA